UCACGAACACCAUGCCCUUUCCCCUCGAACUGGACACACUCACGCCACGUUCUCGCAAUCCGGCUUAAGACUUAGUUGACCAGGAGAUCGAGGUUCUCCGUUUAUCGACUUUGAUAACUCGAAUCGAAAUGGUCCCUAGCGCAAAAGCGGAGAAGGUCAACUCUAGGCAUGGAGUGCACCAAUCAUCUGACGCCCAGCCUGACUGUGAGAUUUGCAGCAAGAUCCUUCUUUGCGCUAGCCGGGUCGACCGAACCGACAAAGGAAUUAUCUUGGGCAUAGCGGAAGAUCUCCUACAAGGCCAAUGUUCUCACGUGGCGUUGUUCCAAGAUUGGUUACGCGAUCGCCUUACAGAUAAUCCACUCCGUGCAAGAUCCCUUUUGACAAUCGAGAACGACAAUGAGGAGCAACAAUUCAUACGUUUUCAGCUGGAAUUUUCGCCUGGAAAUCAUUGGAGCUACUACGUGUCGAAGCCUAUCGGGUUACUUCGCAAGCUCACAACGCCCGACCAUCCUGGAGUAAUGCGAGAUGUAGAUCCUCAAUGGAUCGAUUUGGACUUGUUGAAACAGUGGAUGACAGCAUGCAAUACUACCCACGGAGUUCGAUGCAAGGAAUUGCCUUGGCUCAAACACAUUGGGGUUGUGCGACCCAAAUACCUUAUCGAUACCAUGGAAAUGUGUAUCGUUGAAGGUCAGCGGGUCGAAGAAACAUACAUUGCACUGAGUUACCAAUGGGGCCAGACUAAGACAAUUCGAAACACGACUGAGUUGCACGGAAGACUUCUCAAGCCAAAUGCGCUUUCAGACUGGGAGCUUGCUCGACAAAUACCACGAACAGUCAUCGAUGCUUUCGUCCUUGUCAAAGCGCUCGGCUAUAGAUAUCUCUGGGUGGAUGCCCUGUGUGUGAUACAAGAUGAUCAUGUUCAGCUUGCUAGUGAACUGUCUCGAAUGCACCGCAUUUAUCACUCUGCUGACUUCACCAUCGUUGCUGCUGACGGAUUCGACGCGAACCAUGGAUUACGAGGACUCAAAGGCAUGACCGCCGCACGGGAGCAUUCUCAAGUGCCUGUGCAGCUAUCUGGAUCAGAAACGGUGGCAAUACGCCAUCCUUCGACGGCAUACACAGACUCUCGAGAUCCGAACAGCUAUUACACCAGAGCAUGGACGUUCCAAGAGUUUGGCUUCUCACUCCGGAGAUUGGUCUUCGCAGACAAUGCUGUCGAGUGGCACUGUGAACGUGGUCGGUUGCGCGAAGAUACAAUCAGUGUGCUACCUGAGCCGAGUGAUGGCCAAUACUUUGACGGAUUCCGACGUCCCACUGUUCAUCGACUGCUUACAGAUAGAAUGCCAACGCCCCAGUUACUGAACAAUCUGGUCAGUGCCUAUAAUACGCGUAAUUUAAGUUUUCCAGAAGACGCAUUGCCUGCAUUUGCUGGCAUUCAGAGCCUGCUCGAACUGUUUUAUCAAUCUGGCUUUCUAUAUGGACUCCCAAUAUUUUGGUUCGAGCUAGUGUUAUGUUGGAUUCCUGACCAUGAUUCAGUGCGGCGUAUAGCCUCCAGUUCAAUACACUCUACUGGAACGUCCUAUCAAUUGCCAAGUUGGUCUUGGGUCGGUUGGACCGGCAGUAUACGCUUUCCAAGUGACGACGUCUACGAAGAUGGCCUGCGACACGGUGACCGGUUUACAGAACCCGUCACCAAGUGGUAUGCUCUUACCCACCCUGCCUCUCUUGAUCGGAGACCGAUCACUUCAGUAUGGUAUGAAUACCGCUCAAGGGCGGUAGAAGGCCGCUUAGUCGCUUUACCUCCAGGAUGGAAACAGCAAGCCGGUGUAAGACGAGGAUCUGUGUAUAGCCAUACUCGUCGCCCACACGAGAACUACGCAUAUCCAUUCCCUGUACCGGAGCCUUGCUCUAGAAAUGUCAGCAUAUUUGUCCCACAAACCGCAUACCUCAGCGCCCACACAAGCCGAGCAUUCUUGCGUGGCAGAUCCUUGCAUAAUGAACAAUACGAAUUGAUGGGUGAUCACCACCUGUGGCUGAAGUCGUCGCAAGAUCAGACCGUUGGCUUGCUUUACCUCAACAACCCGGAACAAAAGUCUCUCUUCAAACACACGGGCGGCGACUCUUCGUCUGCCAAUCCAUUAGAGCUUGUGGCAAUAAGUAAAGGAACGUCACAAUACCUGUUCUCUCCAGAAAGAGACUGGGAACUCGAGCUCGAACGGUGGUCCAAGCAUUAUACUGGAAAAAUACAGGCUACUGACUGUAUCUACGUGCUAUGGGUUGAGUGGGAAGACGGUGUUGCGUACCGGAGGGCUUGUGGGGUAGUCACUGCUGAGGCUUGGGAGCGAGAAAGAGAGAAGGAGCUUGUCGAUCUGAUUCUUGGGUAACAGCUAUAAUGAUUCUGUGAGGGCAAACAUCUUGACCCAAAAGUUGUCUCUGUAAAUUUACUACCAUAUUUCAUAUCUGAGUCCCUCAGUCGGCGCGAUCGCAAAUGCGCUAGUCUAUAAAUCAUUCAAC